ACCCGCAGAGCACUCAGAGAGCAAAACACGUCAACGUGAGGCGGUCAGAAGGAGUCCGCAGUCGCUUUUAUUGCUAUAAGACUGGAAUUAAUCGGCAGCAUUACAGAUGUAGUGAAGCAUUAUGUUGUUUCAAAGGGAGAAGACGCUAAACUGAUGCGCUGACAUCUACCUUUAGCACCGGAAACCCGUUAGCUUCGUAAGCUACCGCGAGCUAGCUGUUACAUACUGUCGUUUCUUUCCACGCAGCUGACCCCCACUGCAACAUACGUAUAGAGUAUUAUUCCUUUGGUGUUUCGGGGUCGUAAUUCCCCUGUCUCUUCACCCCUGGCCCCCGUUGUCCCUGUGUGGUGCCCUGCGGACGGUUCCCGAAUAUGAUACACAAUGAGUCAAAGAGAUACCUUAGUUCAUCUGUUUGCAGGAGGAUGUGGGGGCACAGUCGGAGCCAUAUUGACCUGUCCACUAGAAGUAGUGAAGACUCGUCUGCAGUCGUCCUCCAUCACCUUCUACGUGUCUGAGGUUCAGCUCAGUACCGUCAAUGGAGCCAGUGUGGCCCGUGUGACCCCGCCCGGCCCCCUGCACUGUCUUAAGUUGAUUUUGGAGAAAGAAGGUCCUCGGUCUCUCUUCAGGGGUUUGGGACCAAACUUAGUGGGUGUGGCACCUUCCAGAGCGAUCUACUUUGCUGCUUACUCCACUGCCAAAGAGAAACUGAAUGGUGUGUUGGAACCGGACUCCACACAAGUGCACAUGGUGUCGGCUGGAAUGGCAGGUUUUACAGCCAUCACAGCAACAAAUCCAAUCUGGCUUAUAAAGACCCGCCUGCAGCUGGAUGCAAGGAAUCGAGGCGAGCGACGGAUGAGUGCGUUCGAGUGUGUGCGUCGGGUGUAUCGAGCCGACGGCUUCCGAGGCUUCUACAGGGGAAUGUCAGCAUCUUACGCUGGUAUCUCAGAGACUGUGAUCCACUUUGUGAUCUAUGAAAACAUUAAAAGACGCAUUUUGGAGGCCAAGGCCCCGCAGAACAUGGACGAGGAAGAGGAGGCAUCAAAGGACGCUUCAGACUUUGUUGGGAUGAUGCUCGCUGCUGCCACGUCCAAGACGUGUGCCACAUCUAUCGCUUAUCCUCAUGAGGUGAUCCGCACAAGACUACGAGAAGAGGGCACCAAGUACCGCUCUUUCUUCCAGACUCUAGUGACAGUGCCCAAAGAGGAGGGCUACCGAGCCUUGUACCGCGGUCUCACCACCCACCUGGUACGCCAGAUUCCCAACACCGCCAUCAUGAUGUGCACCUAUGAGCUUGUGGUCUACCUCCUGAAUGGUUAAUGUCCCCACCCACCUCACUUAGAUGGUUAAUAUAACCCUGCCCCUGGUCAGAGAUGGAGAAAAUAAAUAAAAAACCUGCAUGUGAGCUGGUACAGCUAGCAGCACACAAGCCAGAAAAGGAUCGAACAGCGACAACACCUCAGUCUGUCUUUGUGAGAGAGCUGCUGCUUAAAAAUACAACAAACAUAAAAAUCUUAGUUUCGUUUUCUAGCUGAAGGGUUUGGCAGGACAGGGAAGCUGCAAAGAAACGGGACCCCUGUUUUCAUUUUUAUUCUAUCCCACCAUUUCUUCAUUUAGAUAUAUUCAUCGCUGGUGCUAGCUCAGAGGCCUAGCGCAGCAGAAAGAUCCUGACUGACAGUUUAUUUAGCCUCUGACAUAACUUGCAUUAUAAAAGAAGGCAAAUAGCAAAUGGGACUCUUAAGCAAAAGGCUGUUUUCCAGUCCUGGUGAUCAUUACUUACAAAAAAAAAAAAAAGGAGCUGGCAGUGCUCUCUGAAUCUCUCAGAAACCACUCAAGGCCCAAAAUGCAAAGAUGCAUCAUUGCAGUAUACGACAAAGGUUCUGAAGUCAGUGGGAACAAGGAGGAAUCUGUGCCGGAGGCCUACUGAGAUAGGGUGAAAGGAAAGACAGAGUUUAGAAAAGAGGAGGUGGUUAAUUGAUGAUGUGCCUUGUGUGAAGACAUGCAGGACUGAGAAGCACAUUGGCUGUUGGAGGGGGCAGGACUCUGGCCGAUGUGUCGCAGUAAAAACUGUAAAAGCCACAAGUCGUACCAGUUUUUCACUCACCAAAAGGUUUGCCAGCGUCUCCUGCAAACAUAAAUUUAAACAAAAAUCUACAUGAUUCCAGUGAUGUCCAGCUAGUGACUUGAUAUCUCAAUUUCUGGGCAUUUAUGUCGAUCCCAUGAGGAAAUUAAUCAGAUAACAACCCAGUUCUCUAACACCUGCAGUGUAAAUAAUCAAGAGGAGUAACUUUUUUGGGGGGAGGGACAGCAAGGAAGUAAAACAAUCACCCAUGCAGUGGAAUUAAAAAUGAAUAUAAUUAACAAAUUGUAACACGAUGCGAUUUGGAUUUAUAUUUACUCAUAUAUUACCUACAUAACGUGACUGUGUUGCUGUUGUCAGCCUGGUUUUGGCUUAAAGCCAAUAUUUAAUGCAUUUUUCUCUUUAAGAAGAGCAGAUUUACCAGUUAGUUGUUACCUUUAUCUCAAAGAAAGGUAUUGUUCCUUUUAGCACUUUUCAGCAUCUCUGUCCACAGCGUCUCAUCUCAUCUUGUGUUCCCUCUGAUAGAGAAUCCAGGCUUUGUUUUACAGGCGAGGAAAGUCCUCUCAAGUUUACACUGGAAAAGCUACAGCUUAGCUAGCAUGUGGAGGGAUAUACUCUACAUUAACAAUUUGUUUAUUCCUUCCCCUUAUUGUUUUCAUUUUGGGUGGAGGUCCAACGUUUUACAUAAAUGAAUGUUUUACGUCUGCUUUUGAACAGCACAAAUGGUCAACAAAGGCUUCAUUUCUUCAUCCACCCUUGUGCCCCCUCAGAGUUCUCAUGUUAUCACGUGGCACAUUCAGUAAAUGUGCAUCUUCCCGUAUGAACUGCAAACUUGAAUGGCGUGGCUUAGCUUGCAAUGCUAACACGAUCUCACUGUCAUUGGUAACGCACCCAAACACUGCACUGCUUCGUAGGUGAGAACUUGGUGUGUGUGUGUGCAGCAGAAAGGACAUGUUUUUGGCAUAUUGCGCUUACUCCCUCUUCAGUGUGUGUGGCUCAAACAGCCUCAGAUCCUUCUCUCAGCUGAGCUCAGUUCAGCUUUAGCGCACAAAUGAAGGAUGUUUCGUUCAGACGGCGUUAGAUAUGUGGAUGCUGGCUAACAGAACCAUCAGCACACUGUUGAUGCCGUGGGUGUCAGCGGGUGACCCCUGUUGCUGCUAGUAGUGAUUUUGUGUCCUGGCAACAGGAUUUAUAAUGUGAGCUAAUUGUAUCUAUUUUGAUUAAAGGAUCAUUUCACCCUAAUGGAAAAAAUGAAAGAAGCUUGCAGACAGUUUUCUGCUGUCAUCUCACCGAGUCGAGGGAUUGGGUUUGAAUUAAGGUGAACUGUCCUUUAAUUGUACAUGUCUAAACGCCUCUUCACUUGUAGCAGUGGCUCUAUCAGAGAAUUAAUUCUUCCUUCUGUCUUAUUGUUAUUCUUUUGCACCCCCACAGUUGUGUGAGUGUGAGAAUGUGUGUCCAUGUGUUUUUGUGUGAGAUAAAAUAACAGUUGUUUGUCAUUCCGUUGUGUUUUGGAUGUAAGAGACUAUAGGAGAACACAUGCACUCGGAUGAAUACCUGUAAACAGUGUUUUUUUUUCCAUUUUAAACUCUUUUUAAACAACUUGUUGCCUUUUCCUGAUGCUGUUUGUGUUUUCCAUGUCAGUGAUGAGCCAGCUGUGUGGCUCACUCUAUGCAUUCUCUCAUACCUGUUUUUGUAAAAGAAAAUUAAAAAGAAUGAGUGCAAGUA